AUGUGUCUACUCUUCGGAACUAGAGCCAACCCUCUAUUGGUGGGCUUUCGCCAAUUCCACACCCACUUGUCGUAUCCGACAGCACAGGGGACGCUCCGAUUGAAUCUUUUGAAAACGGCAUACAUUUACGGCCACUACUCCUCACGGGUGAACCGCCUCUACAACGAAGACCGCUACUCCGCAUGCAUCCUCGACCUCCCCAUGCAGCUAAGAUCGCCGUUAAGCGACGAGGCAGAACAUGUUACCCGGAAGGUGUUCAACUUCAACAUCUUUGACGGCCACGGGGGCGACGAAUGUUCAUCCUACCUCACAGACCACUUGCCAACCACGGUGGAAACUAUAGACUUGUCACCAGAGCACCGAGAAAAACUUAUACUCGACUACUCCAAGAAUGUGGGAGGUUACUGGAAGAUGUGGUACCGCAAGCGACAAGAGCGGUUUGAGACGAUGAUCGAAAAAGCCAAGGAAGACCCGCUCUACGCCACUGUAAGAGACCCAAACGCGAAAUUCUACAUGGAUGACUUGCAAUUCCGGUUACCAUUAUCGUUUUUGCAGACGGACUACGACUUUUUCAGCACCAUCGAUAAGGCUGGUUCCACCUGUACGUCGCUCUACAUCCAUAACAUCCUUCCGCAACCCAAGUCCACGGCCCCGCCAAAGUACCAUUUCGAUAAGGGAUCCGUGUCGAAAUUGACCAUCGCGCACAUAGGAGACACCAAGGCCCUCUUAUGCACAUCUUCAGGCGAGGCCCAUGCAUUAACCCAGCCGCACCAUCCGUCCAAUCCACUGGAGUCGCGGAGAUUGAACCUGUCACUCAUCAUGCAAGAUUCUUUCGGCGAGUCGCGGUAUCUCAACUUUGCCAACACCCGUGCGUUUGGCGACAUCGGAGGCAAGACAUCGGGCAUCGCGGCCGAGCCGGAGAUCUCCACGCUUCUCUUGGGUGAUGCUGCAAUGCUCGCCUCGCACGGCCUCCGUGGGGCGGCGAAAGAUGUCGGAGCCAGUGCACGGUUUCUCGUCUUAGUCUGUGACGGGGUCACGGAUAUUCUCUCAGACCAGGAAAUCGUGGACAUUAUCAUGAACCACGUCAACAACAGGGGAAUACAGGAUGCCACGCCGCAGCAGUGUGCUAUGGAGGUGAUCAAAUUCGUGGAGGCAGCUGGUGGGGAUGACAACGCGACAUGUCUGAUUGUGCGGUUGGGGGGCUGGGGUGAGUGGCCUGUACUAGAUAGAACUGGUUCUGCCCGCGAGGCAAAGCUCAAGAGUGCGGUGAGUUCAAGAGACCGACACUAG